AUGAAUAUCGAAGAACAGAUAGUUGCAGAUUAUAACAACCCACGUUUGGAUGUUGUCCAGAUUGACGGAAUCGUCGUGAUGAAGAUUAUAAAGAAUGUUAAGGAGCAUCUGCCUGAGCUUGUGCCAGGCCAGCUGCUAGGCCUCGACAUUGGCACCAGCUUGGAGGUGUCAUCCUGCUUCCCACUGCCAAACCUGCGCGACUCUGAUGAGGACGCCAACGAGCAGAGCAACCAGGAGUACCAGUUGGAGAUGAUGCGUUGUCUGCGCGAGGUCAACACCGACUCCAACACGGUCGGCUGGUACACGCCCACCUAUCUCAACUCGUUCUUCAAUGAGAACGUCAUCGAAACACAAUUCAAGUAUCAGUCAGCCAUCAACCAAAAGUGCGUGCUGAUCGUCUACGACCCAGUCAAGACGUCGCAGGGAACGCUCUCGCUGCGCUGCUACCGUCUGACCCAGACGUUCAUGUCGCUGUUCCGCGAGCAGCCUUACAGCCGCGACACCCUGGACAGCGCCAACCUGUCGUUCAACGACAUCUUUGAGCAGAUUCCCAUCAAGAUUCACAACACCCAACUGAUCAACGCGCUGCUCUACGAGCUGGACGACGUGUCGUCCGACGCCAUCUCCAACUUUGACCGUCUCAACAUUGGCAACAACAUCUAUUUGGAGCGUGUCGUCGAGGGCAUGACCGAGUGCGUCGACUCUCUGUCGCAGGAGAUGAACAAGCUGGCCUCCUACCAGCGCAACUUCCAGUCACAGCAGUUUGCACGCAACAACUUCAUCCAGAAGAAGGCCGGCGAGGGCGUCAAGGUGGAGGAGGAGGAGAUCCAGGCACACAUUGCCUCGCUCUUCAACAAGCCCCUGCACGCACCAUCCAAGCUCACCAGUCUGUUGUACACCAGCCAGAUCAACAACUACUGCGAUCAACUGGCCACCUUCUGUGGUGGUAGCCUCACCAAGCUGUCUCUCCACAAGGAAUUGACCAAAUAA